CGUCAAGGUUGCCCAUAGGUGCAUUCCUUGGCUUCAGUACUGUUUACUGACAUGUACCUAGUUACCAAAAAUAUGUUUGAGCUAGUUAUCAAAAGAUACAUCCACUGUGUUUUUUCAAGGCAAAGAGUAGUAUUAUCUUUGUUCAAGUUACAAAUUGUGUUCAUAGAGGGAAUCGAGGUAGUGCAUGACGUCUACCUUGCCAGCCUGGACAGCAUGGCUGACCGUAAACAUACAAGGGAAGUGCUAACGGUCGUAUUUUUGUGUGUUUUGUGGUAUAUAAUAAGUUCAAGCAACAAUGUCAUCGGAAAGAUGCUACUUAAUGAAUUUCCAUAUCCCAUGACGAUGACCAUGGUGCAGUUACUCUCGAUAACGAUAUAUAGUGGACCGUUUUUCAAUAUGUGGGGAGUGCGAAAAUACGUGGACAUUUCCUGGAGGUAUUACUUCAAGUUGAUAGUCCCUUUGGCUUUCGGCAAGUUCUUUUCGUCGGUAUUCUCGCACGUGAGCAUAUGGAAGGUUCCCGUCUCGUAUGCACAUACAGUCAAAGCGACAAUGCCUCUGUUUACUGUGAUAUUGUCUAGAUUAAUUAUGGGAGAAAAACAGACGUACAAAGUGUACUUUAGUUUAAUCCCAAUUAUUGCCGGUGUUGGGGUGGCAACAAUUACAGAGAUUAGUUUCGAUGCCAUCGGGCUGUUCAGUGCACUUGCCGCAACAAUGGGAUUUUCCUUGCAGCAUAUAUACUCGAAGAAGGUACUGCACGACACGGGUGUUCACCAUCUGCGAUUGUUACACAUUCUAGGAAGAUUAUCACUAUUUAUGUUUUUACCUGUAUGGAUAUUAGUCGACUUCGUUCACUUAAAAGACAAUCCUGAUAUCGAUAUAAAAAAUUACAGGGUUACGUUACUGUUGUUCCUUGACGGAGUCCUAAACUGGCUUCAAAAUAUUGUAGCUUUUAGUGUACUGUCAAUCGUUACUCCUUUAACUUAUGCUGUAGCAAAUGCCAGUAAACGAAUAUUCGUUAUAGCAAUCUCGUUAUUCAUAUUGGGUAACCCUGUAACAGGCGUUAACAUUUUUGGUAUGUUACUAGCAAUUUUUGGUGUCUUUUAUUAUAACAAGGCGAAAUAUGAUCAAAAGAUGGCGGCAAAGCAACAAACUCUGCUUCCAUUUCAGCAGAAGAGUUGGCAUGAUAGAAACAACGAUUAUAUUUUAUAUCCUCAACAGAAUGGUAAAGCUAACGGAACAGACAAAAUGAAUGGUAUUACUGUGAAUGGCAAUGUUAAGAACGGCUUAAAUUCAUUCAGGUCUUAUAAAAAUUCAAAUAGUAGCAAUUUAUUGUUUGUAUAAAUUUUAUUCUUUUAACAGAAAUUUAUUUAUUUUGUAUUUAUGUAUAUUUCCAUGAAUGUUAUUUGUACAUAUUUAAUUUUGUAAGUAGAUUUAAUUAUGUCAAGUCAGUUGAACAUCAACUUCUUAAAAAGGAAUACAAAGUAUUAUACGUAUGUUGUAUACGUAAGUAAAUAAUAUUUAUUUUUGUACCUGU